AUGACAUCUUCACUCAAGCAAAAUCUUCCCAAAUGUUUAAAGGUUCAGAAAUUUGAAUCUGUGCCUGUUGUGGGACAUGACGAGGCUGAAUCGGUGCACUUUGCCGGUGAUGAACGCCUUCGAGAAGUUACAACAAUGGGUGACACUGUCGAGAACACGAACACCCCACCGAGUGACACCACCACCAUCUUGAAAGCAGUGGCUCCCUCUAUGGACACCCCAACAAGGUGCUCAGAUAAUUCAGCAAACUGGCUCCCAAAAGAAGAUUCUCGAGUUUGUUCUGAUCAUUUUGUUGACAAAGUUCCAACUAGAGAUAACCCUUAUCCAACUCUGAAUCUUGGGUAUACCCCUCUAAAAGAGCCAAAGGCAAGACCUCCACCAAGGCGUCGAUUAUUUGUCCCAACAAAUACAUUUGCCAAUGAUCAAGCAAAACUUCAAAAACUAUCCACCGAUACAGGACCUGUGACUGUGUGUGAUGUGAAUGAUGACUCUGCCACACCAGAAAAUAUAGCAAAUGUAUUCAGAAAUAUACCAGAAAAUGCACCAGUUGAUGUACAAGUAGACCAUACUUAUUUUGCUCCUGAGGGAGAGUCUGGGUAUACAGAAUGUAAUGAAUGUCUCACAAAGUCUUCGAUAAUAGAUGUAAUGAAAAAGGAAAUGGAAGCUCUGAAAGAGGAAAAUGCGAAGUUAAAGGCAAUUAUCCAUAAGAAAUCCAAGAAGUCUUUCAAUGUUCAGGCAGUGACAAAAUCUGACAAAAAGAUGAAAUUUUACACAGGGUUUCCAACAGUUAAUGCUUUUAUGAUUGUUUAUACUUAUAUAGUGACAACAUUCAAGGAAAUCAUAUAUUGGAAAGGUCCAGGUAGGGUAGCAGCCAAUCCACUUAAACCUAAAAGAGUCAAGGUCCGCAGUCUAAAUAAGAAGGAAGAGCUCAUUAUGACAAUGAUGAAAAUCAGAUUAGGUCUUUUAAAUCAAGAUUUAGGGGAUCGCUUUGGUGUUUCUGCAACAUGUGUUUCAAACAUAAUAUCCACGUGGCUUCGAAUCCUUGGGAAAGUUAUAGGCUCUCUUGUUUUUAAUCCACAGAAAGAUGUUGUUAAAGCCAAUUUACCACCUUCCUUUAAAAGUAACAAAUUCAACAAUGUCCGCCACAUAAUUGAUUGUUCCGAAGUGUUUAUUGAGAAACCUAGCAGUUUUCAAAUGCAAGCUGUCACUUGGAGUGAUUACAAACAUCACCACACAUUAAAGAUUCUUAUUAGCAUCAGCCCUUCUGGCAUGAUAAAUUUCAUUUCUAAUGCUUGGGGAGGAAGGGCAAGCGACAAGUUUGUUACUGAAAACUCGGGGUUUCUCGAUAUUUUGGAGGCCUAUGACACAGUUAUGGCUGAUAAAGGAUUCCCCAUAAGAGAGGAGCUCGCACUUCGUCACUGCCACCUUCUUAUCCCUCCAGGGAGAAGAGGUGUGGCACAGAUGACAUCUACGGAGGUUCUAGGUACAAAAGAAAUAGCCAAUCGCAGAAUAUAUGUAGAGCAAGCAAUAAGACGACUCAAAUGUUUCAGAGUUUUGAAAUAUGAACUGCCUCUGACCAUGUUAUGUCACAUUGAUGAUAUUAUCAAAAUAGCAGGUGGACUUUGCAAUUUGUAUCCCCCUCUUCCAAGUGCUGUCAUGGUUGUGUCCUGGACGCCGGCAUCCGACAGCCCACCUGCAUGUUGUUCGGUGAGGUAG